CUCUCAGUCUCUUUUUUUGUUUUUGUAUGCUUUUCGCAGCAACUCUGCGAAUUCUCGUCCAUCGCUCGCCUGCUCUUCUUCCUUUCAGCCGCGCGUUCCUCCAAACAGCUCGCUCUCACUCUCUAAUUUCGACAGCAUUAGCAUCAGCACCUUCGGAUCGACCUCGUAUCGCACACAUCAUGUCGUCCGCGUCAUCAUUUGCUCAGCCAUCGCGCUCGCGCUCGUGGGAUGCACUUUCCCAGAAGGACGCCGCUCAGCUUGACUUGGAUUUGUUCAGCCCCGAGUUUGGGUUUGGAACAGAGCAGCUGAUGGAGCUCGCUGGGCUUGCAGUCGCGUUGGCGUGCGCGCGCGCAUAUCCGCUUCAAGCAACGUCCAAGUCCGACGAGUCCUCAUCGUCUUCAUCCAGUUCUGGUCGCGUUAUCAUUGUUUGUGGGCCUGGAAACAACGGUGGCGAUGGACUUGUGGCAGCGAGGCACUUGCGUCUCUUUGGCUAUUCUCCCGAGAUUGUCUGGCCAAAGCCAACGGAGAAGCAGCCCAUGAAGAAUCUGCUUGUUCAAGCGCGUGCAAUGCGUAUUCCCGUGGUCGAAACGGUGACAGAGGAUGCGUUGCGCAAAGCCGACUUUGUGAUUGAUGCCGUUUUCGGAUUUGGCUUCAAAGGCGAGCCCCGAGCGCCGUUCGAUGCACUGCUCACAUCCAUGAUUCGCAGUGGUGCUCGAGUGUGUUCUGUAGAUGUUCCAUCUGGUUGGGACGUCGAAGCCGGACCGGACGAAUCCAAGGAGUAUGCCAAGCUUCAGCCCGACGUUCUCGUGUCCCUCACGGCACCCAAACCAUGUGCUGUGCACUUUCGAGGCCGCCAGCACUACUUGGGCGGUCGGUUUGUGCCUCCAGGCAUUGCCGAGCGAUACCAUCUCCGCCUUCCCGAGUAUCCCGGAUCCGAGCAGAUCAUCUUGCUGGAUUGAGGCUGCCUAUGCUUCUAUAGCACGAUUCAUGCUGGAAUAGGUGUCUUUUUGGGAAUAGUCGAUUGCUCAGUCUUCGUUUUUGAAGAACUCCAACGCGUGCACUGUGGCACACAAGCAAGCGUUGCGCUCGAGAGUGCGUGCUUUCCAGGAUUCAGUGCUGGAUUCGCCGCAUUUUGGGGGCUCCGUCUGUUCCUUCUAUCGCCGCCUGGAGCAAGUUCACUUUGGGCUGGGAUUUGAGCUGGUUUUUUUGGCGCCAAAACUCGUUCUGGUGACAUAAAUCGCUCACACUUCCCAGGACUAUGAGCCAAGAGGCAUCAGAGAUACUGAUGUGUCGCAGCAUUGCCUUUUCCACUCCUGGGCGGGAUACGAACGCGACGGAAAGAUCAAUCACAUUUUGGAUCAGGUCGCUGCUCUUUGUGCCGCUACGCAGAAACUGAUCCCGCCUGCGUCAAGUACCUGCGGAUCUCGCUGGUGAUUUGAGGGAAAAUCUGGACUUUUUUAGUUUCGCGCUGGAAAAGUCGGAUGCUCGACUCAUUGAUGCAGAUCCGCACGGUGCAGCAGGCCGCCAGAGAGCGAUUCAAGUUGGUUUACCGCUUGCACACAACUUUGACACGGGAACGCCUUCCUCGAAGGAGUUGCUGCCAAAAGUUGUGUGAUCGCCAUCCAAUCAGAAGCACGAGAGAUGCCAGUCAUCCCAGAGAUUUCCACUCGAGUACGGAUGCAUUUUUUGCAAACCGGAAACGGUGUGGAAUCAGACGAGAACGACACUCCGCUGCUGGACUGUUGCUGCGACUUUAUCUUGCUUUUUCACGUGCAAUCCAAAAACACACUGGAUGCUGCUUUUUUGGUGGGGAGGCAAGUUUGAGAGCGAGAGAAAAACAGGAGGUUUGUCCUUCCAGAAAAGCGACUCGUCAUCUUCGUAUUUUUGCGGUCGUGAUUCGUUGCGAAAGCUCACCACUUUGGUAUCAUCACGCUGCAAGAUUCACUGCUCAUCAGUCAAACAAACUGGUUUUUGUUUGUCGAGUUCAUUCAUGCGACACUUUCCAGCAUUUUUUGACCCACUUUGGUGCUUUGGGCUCUUGAUUCGAAUUUUCCCUUUCCCCUGCCCUCCCAACAACCCGGCGUCCCUCAGAGAUUCCUUUCACAAACAUCCUUUCUGCGUGAUACCUCGCAGCUGCACAUGCCCGCACCUCGACACUGCCUUUUGCCGGCCUGCCCUGCCAAUGCAUUGGCACUGUCAGUUGGCUGGCUUUUCUCGUACCCUUGCUGUCAGGAGUGCUUUUUGGCACUCUUUCGAGCGGAAGAGUAUGAGUGUUUUUGCCGUCAGCGAGUGUCCAAUCUAACCCUAAGAUGGUGAUGGAGCUUUUUUGCUGUACUUUUUUUCCACAGCAGGCCCUUUGUCGCAUUCUUCUUCGUUUUUUUGUUCUGAUAUUUAUUUCAGCCUGACGAUACGCUUGCCCCUGACAACUUACCAUGGCGUGCUGAACUGCGAUCGGCUGCUUUGGGUUGCAAGGUUGAGCUGAAGCACAAAGAACUCACGACGUUCGUUGCUGGUGACAACUUUGGCGCUGUACUCAGAAGCAGGUUUUGCGUUGUAUUUACGGUUGGUUUCGACGAUGCAACCUGCAACGAUGCAGUGCUCGGAGCAGUCACCGUUGCUCGACGUCUUUGACGAGUGAUGAUUUUUGCCGAUGCUGCCAAUUUGUGCAGCAUUCGUUUUUGGCUCCUUUGAUUUUUAUGACCGAGAUUGCUUCGUUCAGAUGCAACCUUGAUCUUUUCUACCUCUGAAACCAACCUCCAGGCGGCAAGGCAGUGUCAGGGUCGGAAUGAGCGAGGGCAGAUUGUCGCUUGUUUGGAGGAAGGGGGAGGGACGUUGUGGAAAGCAGCGAAGGAAGCAUUCAGCUGUUGUGCUGUGAAAGCAGCUCAACAAAAUUCAAAGCAGCAGUCUGCACCAAGUAGGACGAGCGGGUUUGACGCUGGAUUGUGCCAGUUGGUGAGCCGGACGAGUCGAGGAUGGUGGCGCCAAUGCAGCGCGCAGGAACCGUCUGUACUCUUGGUUUUUCGAACUGUCUUCUGUUUUACUUUGUGGCACUUCCACCGGAAUAUCACCGCGCUCCAACCUGUUGGUGGCAAAGGUGGCGGUUUGCUGGAAGUGCGGCAAGAUGUGAGCCAAGCACGCGCAACUGAACAUCCUCUCGUUCAAAGCGUGCUUCCGCCAAAGGAUGGAGUUGUGCUCCAUCGCUUUAUGGGCAUGAAAGGCUUGUCCUUGUAUUUUGAAUGAGCUGGGGACGUCAGUUGCGUGUGGCGGACGUUCGUGGCGAAUGAGGACGUAACAGUUCGAGUUUUCACGGACCGAAGUCAGUGGCAUGCAAUCAAAGUGUCUUGGAUUCAUGUAGAAUCGAGGUGUGGUGCGCACGACGCAAAACAGCAGAGAAGGAGAGAAAAUCGCAGUUUGUCGUUCCGUUCUUUUUGUAUUCUGGACGGUGCUCGGUCUAUCCUUCUGGUUUUUGGGAUGAUUGGAAGGAAACUUCCAACUCUGGCGCUUUUUUUUUUCUCGCUUCCAUUUCGCUUUCUUUGUUCUACUUUUAUAUUUCAAUCAUGAAACGGAAUUCUUCGACGGUGGGGGAAAAAGGCGUCUGCCGGAGGCGGACUGUCUGAAUGGGUGUUGUGCUCGUUGUUGUUGUGUUUGUUGUUGUGCAGAUUCAAGAAUCCCGAUUCAAGUUUUUGCGACAUUUUGGAGCUCCCGCCAAGUCAUUUUAAAGAUCGAUCUCGUCGCACUAUGCGACUCUAUGCCUCAAAUCGCACUGUGAUCCGAGUAUCGCCCUUUGCGCUACGGUGGAUUGCAAAUUCGAAGAGUUUGUUGUCGUGUCUGUUCAUCUUCAUUGUGUUUGUUCACCGACGUAUGCGCUUGUUGUAGUUGUACCAUGCUUAUUUAUUGCUGCUCAUAAAGUUCUUG